UUGGACCUAAAAGGUUUUGUAUUCAAAAUGGAAUUUGUGCCAAUAGAUAAGAUCCUUCAAAUAAGACCAGACACAAUACAAAGUAUUCAAAAAAUGUACAACCUAGAUAAACCGGGGAGCUUAAAAGAAGCUAAAAGAAUAAUGAACGAGUGGAUUCAGAAGCAGCCACAUUUUAAUAAGAAGGAUUUCGGUGAUUCUUAUUUGGAGUUAUCAAUUAUUUUAAACAAGGGGUCGAUAGAGCGAGCAAAAUCUCAAUUGGAUAAAAUGUGCACGAUAAGAACGUUGAUGCCCGACUUUUUCGGAAAAUUUAAUUGUAAAACUGACUUUGAACAGUUGCAUGAAGUUGCCUACUCGCUUUUCUUGCCUAAAAUAACUGACGAUCACUACAGGAUAUUUGUUAGCAAAUUUUCCGAUGUCGAUUGGGAAUCUCCACAGGCCAUAUACUUUUUUAGGCAUGUUGCAAUCAUGAUAGAAUACGUCAAAGUUCAUGACUACAUGGGUGGAGCGAUCGUGAUUUUAGACUUUUCGGAGGCCAACGUAAUGAAUUUUUUGAAAAAAUUGAGUCCGGUCCUAGUUCGACAAGCCAUGACUAUCUUCAUGGAGGGCUACGGUAUGAGAAUAAAAGGAAUCCACAUUAUAUCAGAAUCGAAAUUCGUUGAGGGAUUUGUUAUGUUAUUGAAACAAGCGGUUAGCGCUAAAGUGGGUAACCGCAUUAACGUCUAUAGAAGUGUAAAGGAUUUACACGAUUUCAUACCAAAAGCCAUACUUCCUGAAGAAUACGGUGGAGAGGAGCGUUCGCUGAAAACUCUUCUCGAAGAAUCGCUUGACGCGCUUUCGUCAGAAGAACAUUUGAGUUACUUAGAAGAAAUGAAUAAGGCUACAACCAAUGAAUCCUGCCGGCCGAAAGACCAAUUUGUCGAACAAUAUGGUGGAAUGCCGGGCACAUUCAGAUUCUUGAGUGUAGAUUAGAAGCUCAAUAUCAAACCGAACUGUAACAUAAUAAGACUCGGUUUAUAUAACAAAAGUGGCUUGAGUAAGGCAGCACGUCUUACUGUCUGUUUUAUAAAACA